GCCAGCAAUAGUUUAAGGGUGCAUUUUGAAAUAAACCCAAAAAGGCUACUGAAAUUAACCGACAAGCGGUGAGGUCCCGGCGUCCCGCCAAGCAUGAAUCAUGAAUCCAACAGUUGAUGGCUUCUCUAAUAUGCCGAACCCGACGAUUUCUUGUCCCGACAAAGCCUUCAUUCAGCAGCUAUCUGGCCUUAUAUACCUUCCCUAUCUCUACAGUUUCAGCUGUAGCGCCCGCAAACUACUGGAAAACCUUUUCGCAUAUUUUUCAAGAAUGCUCAAAAGAGAGAGCUUUAGACCCGGGAAUGCAAUCCCACGCCAGAAUGUUAACUACUGGGUUCAAACCCUCAAUUUUUGUCUCGAAUUGUUUGAUUCAAAUGUAUGUAAGAUGCUCCUACUUACACUAUGCUAAUAAAGUGUUUGAUAAUAUGUCUCAAAGAGACACGGUUUCGUGGAAUACAAUGAUUUUUGCUUAUUGUUCAACCGAUAUUGCAAUGGCUCAAUCAUUUUUUGGUUUGAUGCCUGAGAGGGAUGUUAUUUCGUGGAACACUUUGAUUUCAGGUUACCUGCAAAAUGGGGAUUACAGAAAAGCAGCCGAAAUUUUUGUCGGGAUGCAAAGGGAGAGCGUGGCUUCUGAUGGAACCACUUUUGCUGUGGUUCUAAAGGCUUGUUCCGGUUUGGAAGAUUAUGAGUUGGGAAUUCAGGUGCACAGCGUUGUAGUUAAGGUGGGGUUUGACCAUGAUGUGGUAACCGGUAGUGCACUUGUAGAUAUGUAUGGGAAAUGUAAAACAUUAGAUGAGUGCUUUCAGUUUUUUGGAGAACUUCCAAAUAAGAAUUGGGUUUCAUGGAGCGCUGCAAUUGCGGGCUGCGUUCAAAAUGAUGAGCUUGUUGGUGGAUUAAAAUUGUUCAGGCGGAUGCAGAGAGAGGGAGUUGGGGUGAGUCAAUCGACUUAUGCUAGUGUUUUCCGGUCAUGUGCUGCACUAUCUGAGGUGCAAUUGGGAUCUCAAUUGCAUGGUCAUGCAAUCAAGAAUAAUUUUGGAUACGAUGUCAUAGUUGGAACUGCCACUUUGGAUAUGUAUGCAAAGUGUGGUAAUUUGUAUUAUGCUAAGCAGAUAUUUGACUUGUUGCCCAACCGCAGUUUGCAAUCUCAUAAUGCUAUUAUUGUUGGCUAUGCUCGAGGUGAUUGUGGAUAUGAAGCUCUAAACGUUCUUAAGCUUUUAUUAAAGUCCAACCUUGGUUUCAAUGAAAUAAGCUUAUCUGGUGCAUUUAGUGCUUGUGCAGUGAUCAAAGGAUUAAAAGAGGGAACUCAAAUACAUGCAUUAGCUACCAAGAGUCCUUUCUCGUCUGAUGUUUGUGUGGCAAAUGCCAUACUUGACAUGUAUGGAAAAUGUGGAGCAUUGGUUGAAGCUCGUUGCACAUUUGAUGAAAUGGAAGUAAGGGAUGCUGUCUCUUGGAAUGCAGUCAUUGCAGCUUAUGAGCAGAAUAGGAAUGAAGAGGAAACCGUACUGCUAUUUGUUUCAAUGCUUAAGCAUGGCAUGGAACCUGAUGAAUUUACUUUUGGUAGUGUACUAAAAGCAUGUGCAGGUCAGCAAGCUCUUAAUCACGGGAUGGAGAUUCACAGCUUGAUCAUUAAAUCUGGGAUGGGGCUUGAAUCAUUUAUUGGAAGUGCUCUUGUGGAUAUGUAUUGUAAGUGUGGAAAGGUAGGAGAAGCUGAGAAGCUUCAUGGCACAAUGGAUGAACAAACAAUUGUUUCAUGGAAUGCAAUCAUUUCUGGUUUCUCAUCACAUGAACAAAGUGAGGAAGCUCAGAAGUUCUUUUCUAUGAUGUUAGAAAUGGGAGCUAAACCUGAUAAUUUCACCUAUGCAACUGUUCUUGACGCUUGUGCUAAUCUGGCAACUGUUGAGCUUGGAAAGCAAAUCCAUGCUCAGAUAAUCAAGCAAGAGUUGCAGACAGAUGUGUUCAUAACUAGCACUCUAGUCGACAUGUACUCGAAGUGUGGGAACUUGCAGGAUUGCAGGUUGGUAUUUGAAAAAGCAACAAACUGUGAUUUUGUGACAUGGAACGCCAUGGUUUGUGGCUAUGCUCAGCAUGGUCUUGGAGAAGAGGCUUUGGAGAUCUUUAAAAAAAUGCAACUCAAGGAUGUAAAACCUAAUCAUGCAACCUUUGUGGCAGUUCUCCGAGCUUGUGCACAUAUAGGUCUUGUUGAGGAAGGGUUGCAUUACUUCAAGUCCAUGCAGGUUGAUUAUGGGUUAGAUCCGCAGUUGGAUCAUUAUUCUUGUAUGGUGGAUAUACUAGGCAGGUCAAACCGAGUCACUGAAGCCCUGAAGCUUAUUCAAGAAAUGCCUUUCGAGGCUGAUGAUGUAAUUUGGAGGACACUUCUCAGCAUAUGCAAGAUGAAAGGGAAUGUAGAGGUGGCAGAGGAAGCAGCAGCUUCUCUUCUGCAAUUGGAUCCUCAAGAUUCCAGCACCUGUGUUCUCUUAUCAAAUAUCUAUGCUGAUGCUGGAAUGUGGGAAGGGGUUUCCAGGCUAAGGAAAGUGAUGAGGCACGGUCACUUCAAAAAAGAGCCAGGUUGCAGCUGGAUAGAGGUCAAGUCCGAGGUACAUAUGUUUCUUGUUGGAGACAAAGCUCAUCCAAGAUGUGCAGAGAUAUAUAACAGCUUGACGGCUUUAAUAGACGAAAUGAAGUGGGCUGGUUGUGUUUCUGACGGUGAUGGAAUGGAGGAUGACUACGUGGCAUGUUGUCAUGCAAGUACAUUCUCCAGCCUCUAAAAAAGGGUGAAAGCCUGGUGACAACUGAGUAAAGACCUCCAAAAUCAUGCUUUGAAUUUUAUCAUCAACCGCUGUUAUCACAAAAUUGUUCUCCCCUCUCUACCAGCCAGCGUCUCUCUUUUCGAUUGCUAUCCCUCUCAAAUCCAAAUGUCUGUACAUGCCUGUUCAUUUCA